ACAAAAGGAGGUUUUUGUCAAGGUUUUGAGAUAUCUCUGCUGCCUCACAGUGUAAUUCAAUUAUUUACCUUUUUAAAUUCAUACCUUCAUUGUAUUACAAUUUUAUUACAGAUUAUUUUAUUUUGAGGUACAUGUACUACACAACUGAUCAUCAAUAGCUGUGGCUGAAAAAAACUGUGGCCAAAAAUCACCAUCAUUCCUUAGCACUGCUUAAUGUGCACGUCUUGUAUUGACUUAACUGCAAGUGACUUAACCCUCAAUUUCAGCCUAAAUAUCAUACCGCAAAAUGCUUGUUGUAUCUCACCAUAACUGCUUACAUAUCAUAAACUGAAAUGCUGGGGCUACUGAAUAUGUGCUGCGACAGUUCUUUAAAAUCUAUGGAGAAAACUUAUGCAGAUGAAUAGAGCAAUAGACAAAUUACAGACUUCUAUAGCAUAACAGUUAAAGUAAAAAUGUGUAAUUAUAGUAAAGUGUUGAUAUUAUGACACUUUUUAGCUGUCAAUCUCUUCUGCUUAUCAUCUGUAUUUUUGGUGUUACUGAGAAACCUAGCCAUCCUAGCAAAUUAAAUACAUAUCAGAUUCAAUACUAUUAAACUAGGAACUGGCAGUUUCAUCCCCAUACAGGGUGAUGAAAGUUCAAAUGGAAACAGUCAUAAAGCCUGUUUGCAGUUUUUGUUAACCUCAUUGAUAGUUACAUUACAGCUGAAAUGAUACUAAUAUCCUUUUCCUUGUCUUUAUCUGAACUAUUUCAUGUCUCUUUGACUCCAGCCAUGUUCUCCUUUUCAACCCUUCCCCCUCUCUACCUGAGUCUCCUCCUCUUUCUCUCGUACCACUCCUCUGUCCUCUCCUUUCAGACUAGGAAGGGCAUUCAGUGUGUAUCUGCUCCCUUUGUACCAGGCCACAACCUGGUGGGAGAGGGUUUUGAUGUGGUCAGCUUGCGCCGAAAAGGAGCCUACAUGAUUGACGUGAGGACCUACCUCACUCCAAAGGGCACCUGUAAUCUUGUUCCCAACCCUCUUCAAGGCAACCAGCUGCAGAAAUUUGGACUAGAUGUUAGAAGAUGGAAGAAGGAUUUCAGCUUGGACGUGGGGGGAACACGUUCCACUGCAUAUAACUUUGCUACAGCCAGGAGCAGAGAGGACCGCUACACCUUCAGCACACACAGGUCCACAUGUAUCCAUUACAGGUAAUGUAUGAAGACCCUUGCAUCACCACAGAACGUCAGGUAAGUUUGCAUAAACAGAUAAUUUACUUAG